ACCUACUCGAAUUUAGCGCGCACAAAAUAGCUCGGGAUGGAAAUGAGCGAGGAUGAUGAUCUGGAUCAGGACUCAAACCCACAGAUAGAUAAUGAUACUGAAGAAAUGUUUGGUUCUAUCACUACAGCUGUUGGGGUCAACAUGAUCAGUGGAAAUGACCAGGGGAGACAAUCCACACACCUCGGCAUAACCUUGGUCAGCAAGUCGGCCCUGAACAGCUGCCUUGACCGUCUCAGGCCAGUGUUAAGUGGCCACCUGGAUUUCCUGCCAAGCUCAUUCACCUUCUGUACUAAACAAGGCUGGUCGAUUAGCCAGACUUUGGAGAACUCUAUCAUGGUCAGAAGUAUUGUGUCAGACGAUGGGAUUGUUUGUAUACAGCCGAGUCAUGACAAACCAAAAGUCGGAAUCAAGUCCAAGUAUGGAGAAGCCCUAGGGUUCGUGUUUGUGGAGUACACAUGUAUUCUGGCAUCCGUCAGAGACGUCAUUCAAAAGCAGUUAUUUCCACAAGGAAAAAGCUUAGGAGAUGAGGAUGGAUUUGUGUUUCUUGACCCUAAUGGCUGGCCAGUGUCCACUGACCAGGAGUCCACUCUGUCUGUAUUUGAUGUUCUCCUUGGUAACUGUCUCCGAGUGUCCAUCACCAUGACAACCAGUGUUGAUCUGAUGAGGUCAGGAUUGACCACUCCGGAGGGUGAGCCACCAUGUAAGCGACUGAAAUUACAAGGAUCUUCCCCUUUGUCCUUCCGCUCUGUUAAGGACAGUUCCCGGUGUUUGGAGUCUCCACAGGCUGGGGAGCUGAGGUCCAAACAAAUCCUGAUCAGCUAUGUCAGGGCUGAAGCAGCUGGGCAUGCUGUGGAGUUAAAGAAUCAGUUAUCUGCCCUUGGCUGUAGUGUCUACUUGGAUGUUGAUGAAAUAAAAUCUGGUGUAGACUGGCAAGACUCGUUAAACUACGCUGUGAGUAACUGCGAGAUAUUCCUUCCCCUUGUGACGCCGAUCUACGGAGAAACACAAUGGACGAACAGAGAGGUGAAGCUUGCUGAUGUUUUAGGGAAAUUUAUCUUACCUGUGAACUUCCUGGAGGAAUGGCCUCCACGCUGUCUAGCCAUCCAGUUUGCCACGACACAGUACAUCUCUUGGAAAACUCCCACUCAGAUACAAACAGAGCUAGCGGAGGGCCUUGGAGAGGCUGUCCUCGAUUAUCGGGUGUGGGACAAGAAGUACAUUUCUUUAGUGGCGUCUAAAGUGGCCGAUCGAGUGAACCAAGGCUGGAAUUCAUCCAGAGUUCCUUCCCUUGUUAAGAGGAAAACCAUUGUGAAAAGUUGUGCAAUGGUGAGUUGUUCUAACUCACAAGCUGUCACAUCUAACCGGGAUGGUCUCCCCUUGAUCGUUAUUUGUCUCCAUCCACAGCAGCAGGAACAGGGGAGUGACCUGAAGGAUUGGCUACAGGAGGAGGGAUUUGAAGUCUGGUUGUCGACGCAGCUUGAUAUUACAUACCCGGAUUCUUUACCAUCGAGUCCCACAGUGAGACUGUCCCAGUCUAGCCAGACGAGUUUGUGUGAAGAGGAACAGAACAACAAUUCUGUGUUCCAGGAAAAGGCUGACGAUGCUGGUGUCAUCCUAGCUGUCCUGUCGGAACAGUUUGGGGCAUCACGGACGUGUCAGCAACAGGUGUACUAUUGUGAACACAGAAAACGACUGAUCGCCAUGACAACAUUAGAUAAACCCAAAGAGUUCCCACUCUGGGUUAACAUGCUGAUGGGAAAGGAAUCCUGGCUGAAUAUCAAGAAUGAGACCUUCCGAGUGGAUAUACUGAGGAGAAUCCGGAUUUGUUUGGACCGUGAUUGGAACCAGGAUCAGACCAGCAAAAAUCUGGAUAUGGAGAUGUUACGAAGGGGUCAUACUUUGCGAGGGAAUAUCCAGAACAAGUUUUCUGUGUGUGUGAUGCUGGGCGAUGUAUCAGAUCCUGGGUCGUGUCAGGUGUACAGGUCGGUGUUAUCACAACUGUCAAGCCUGGAGGAUGUUACCCUAGUUACGUGUAGUAACCCUGGAGUAUUCAAUGGUUACAGAUCUAGGAUUGGAGAUCUUCACCAACAGUAUAACAUCCUCACUGUUUCUCCAGAUACACAGGAAAAACACAAAUGUGUGAACAAGGAGAAGCUGCCUACCGUUUACUGUGGAAAAACUGAGCAGGAGAGAGAUGCUACGGUGGCUGGGGUGUGUGAUUUGUGUAUACUAGUGUAUGGUAACAUGUCCAUGGAGCAGUUGGUGCGAGAGUUUCUCUGGAAUGACCGGACUGUAAUCCCGAUCCUCUCUCCUCUACUGUCCCAUACACUGACCAGGAUACGCCAGGUUCCUCAAGGACUUAAUCUUCGUGACUGGUCAGUUUUGAGUGACCAGUCUGUCACAGCUGAUAGAAUUGGACCAGUUGUCAAGACUAUCACUGAUACUCUACUGACUCGGAAUUCCAGUCCCCACCGAGUGACUACUGCUAAGAAAUCCAGUCCAUUCAAAGCUCCACAAGGAAAAGGGACAUUGCCAGAAAGUCUUAAAUCGAACUUCCCCACAAGGUCAUAAAGUAGGCCAAAAGGUUACACUUUCCAGUCAACCAACUAUUAUUUUAUAAUCAAUCUUUAAGAAAAAAAACCUAAGGAAAUAUUUUUGGGGGUAGAUUGCUUAAAAAUCUGGAAGCUGAUUAACGGGCCGGUCUGUGCUGUCGUGAUUGUGCCCUUGGGCAAGACAUUACCCUGAAAACUCUGGAUGGCAUGUAACAGGCCUUCUGUAUGUUAUUUAGAGAGGUAGUCACCAACUACUACAAUGAGACCAGACCCCAAAAUGACCUUGGCUGUUCAUUAGACAAUAAAAACAGCAAAAAA